AUGACGCAGAGUCAGCUCUUGGGUAAUGUGGGGGAGGUGAAGAACGCUGAAGGCACUCGCAAGAGGCUGAAGAUCUCGGAGAUGAAGGCGCUGAUCUCGAAUAUGCCGAAGAUCUGGAAAUUGGAGGAGAAGGUGGUGGGUACAGACUUGGGUUUCGGGAAAUUUCAGUUUGAUUUCAAGAAAGAGGAGGAUAUGGAAGGGGUUCUUAAGCUCCAGCCGUUUCACUUUGACUACUGGAUGCUCUCUCUGGCACGCUGGCAACCAAAAAAGUCCUUGCUAUACCCGUUUGAGAUCCCGUUCUGGUUUCAAGUGGUGGUUGAUGGGUUUAAGGAGCUCUGUUUUGAAACCACGGUGGAUUUCACAGGCGGAGAAUUCUAUGACGGCGAGGAAGCUCCAGUGUCGUUGAGGUACGAGAAAUUAUUUGGCUAUUGCCAAGUGUGUGGUAGUUUUUGUCACAAAGAUGAAGUGUGCCCAUUAGAUGAGAAGAAUAAGAAAAUGAGUCCGAAGAGGAAACAGGAAGGCAGAGAUGCAAACGGUUCAUGGCAUGAAGGUGGAAAGCAUGAGGAUAGGGCGAGGAGCUACAAGGGUGUUGUGAUAAACGGGAAUGCGCAUAAUAAGGAGAGAGAUGGGCGUGAUCACUAUGGCAAAGGCAAGGGCAAAAUGGUGGAGGAGCCAGAGUUUAAGUGGAUAAAUGUAUCAGCGAAAGGAAACAAGAAGGCAUAUACCAGUCGAGGAAACUAUAGGGGAGAUGGUGAUGCUUCUCGUAAUAGACCUGCAAGGAGAGAGGAUACACAAGGUGGAGUUCAGAAUGACCAACCAAGAGAGAAAAAGGAGUACAAAGGGGCACGUGAGGAAGCUCGAGAGGAGGGAGAGAUUCGGAAUGCCGAGGAGCGGGUGGUCACAAUGCCAUCUCAAAAAUUUCAAGAGGAACUGGCCAAAACUCAGGCUGAUGGAACAGAAGCAAUUUCUGAUCCUAUAGAGGCGGAACAAGGCUUAGUAACGGUACAAGGCAUGGUGGAGGAUCAAGGGGAGUUAGAUGAUGAAGACGUGAUGGACAUGGACGAGAUUAAGGCGCACCUACUUGAGAACGGAAUAGAUAUGGAUGCUGAGGACUUUAUGGAGAAUUGUUCAGAGGGAGAGGCUGAGGAGGUGAUCAAGGAAGGUAAUGGCAAGGAUGAAGAAAAAGUGGCGUUUGUGGAAGAGGAGCAAGGUCAGAUUGGCGGUGAUGCAGGGAAGAAACAUGGGUUACGUAAGCGCCUGUUCAAGCCUGCGUUAAGCACGGUGGGGAGUUCUAAGAUGAGGGUCUUCAAUGCGCUGGCGUCACCAAGGAAAAGAGCUGUACCUAAGUCAGGAACAAGGCAAGGAGAUACCAGUAAGCAAACAGAGAUUAAGGGUCCUUUAAACCCGAAAUCUGGCCAGCAGAAGUCUUGA